AUGAAAUUUGUUGCCUUGGUGUCUGGAGGUAAAGAUUCUUGCUUCAAUAUUCUACAUUGUCUUGCAAAUGGCCAUGAACUUAUUUGCUUGGCAAAUCUAUAUCCUCCUCCAAGUGGAUCUGAUGAGAUCGAUUCCUUUAUGUAUCAGACCGUCGGUUACGAUGCGUUGAAAUAUUAUGCUGAGUGCAUUGGUAAGCCAUUGUAUUCGCAGAUGAUUAGAGGAACCGCGGAAAAUAAGGAAUUGGAGUACGCAAGGACUUCCAAUGAUGAGAUAGAGGAUUUGUACUCAUUGUUAACGAAUGUAUUGAAGGAGCAUCCGGAUGUUGAAGCUGUCAGUGUCGGUGCCAUCCUUUCUAACUAUCAAAGAACUAGAGUCGAAGAUGUGUGUAACAGGUUAGGUUUGACAAGUCUAUCUUACCUUUGGCAGAGGGAUCAAGCUGAGCUUAUGUCUGAGAUGUGUCAAUCGGGUCUGGAUGCAAUUCUCAUCAAGGUUGCAGCCAUUGGAUUGAGCGAUAAUAAUUUGGGCAUGACUCUUCAGCAGGCCUUUCCCGUUCUAUCCAGCUUGAACUCUCGCUUUGGCGUACAUAUCUGUGGUGAAGGUGGGGAAUUCGAAACUUUGGUGUUGGAUGCACCAUUUUUCAGGUGUGGAAAGUUGGUGAUCACCGAGCAGAAGGUCCUUAGACAUACAAAUGACGACGUUUGGUACAUGAAAUUGAAGGUGGAGGUUGAGAAGAAAGUUCCUCCUUUACCUGAAAAACAGGACUGGUCUAAGUAUCUCCAUGAGCCUUCCUUACUCACAGAGGAGUUCCAAGAGAUCGAGGAUUCCGUGAACUCCGUGGACUCCGUGGAUUCCGUGAGCCCCGUAGACUCCCUCGGAGUUCUUGGUUCUUGGAAGACAAAUACGUCUCACAUUGGAAAUAAGAUUUAUAUAUGCAACCUAUCAUCGUACAAGCCAUCUGUUUCUGAUCAAAUCACUGAUAUUUUCACUCAAUUGAAAGGUCACUUGGACCAAUACAAUGUUUCCUUCUCCAACAUUCAGUCUGUGGACAUCUUUCUUAGUGAUAUGAAGGAUUUUGCACAAAUAAAUGGCAUUUACAAGUCAUAUUUCACCAAACCCCUACCUCCAGCCCGCUGCUGUGUAGAGACUAAUCUUCCUACGAAAGUCAAGGCAUUGGUAUCCCUAAAGGUACUUCCCGAACUUACUUUCAAAGAGGGUCUUCAUGUGCAAAGUCGAUCCUAUUGGGCCCCUUCUAAUAUCGGACCUUAUUCACAAACUAUUAUAGAUAGAAACGAGGGUAUUGCUCAUCUCAGUGGUCAGAUUCCUCUUAUUCCAAAGACCAUGCAACUAUGUACUACACCUGUCAAGCUCUCUGCUACUUUAGCUCUACAGCAUUUGGACAGGGUGAAAAAUGUGGUGAACUAUCCUAAGUCUCUUUUACUAGUGGCUUACAUUACAGACGAGUGCUGGUUACAAACAAUAGUUCAAGUCCACAAUGCUUACACCACCAACGACAAAUUUAUUAUUGUUCAGGUGACAGAUUUGCCUAAGGGGGCCCCUGUGGAAUGGAGCGGACUGAGUUACAAAGAUCCUGAGCCCGACCUUGAUGAGGAAAGUGACACGGAAAUAAAGGAUCCUCAGAAGUCUGUCACGGUAUUCUUCACGGACUCUUUGGAAGAACUUAGUACUACAGAUAAAAACUCACAUUACACGAUCUAUUGCAAGCCAGCAGAUCUUAUGACUGAUUUAGGUAAUCUCUCUUACGAAUUCUGUCCAGUGUGCAAAGUAUAUCGUGGUGACCAGAGUGAGUUCAAGUAUGGAAUAGUGAAAGAAGAAGGUGUCAUGUGA